AUGACGAGAUGGAAACAAGGGACAGGUCGCGCGCUUGCUGGACUGGUGAUCACCCGCCGAGCUGAGGCAAAGAGAGGGCGAAGCAACUUGGACCAAACCACAUCGGGGACGUGCACCAAGAAUCUUGGUGAACGAACGGGUAGCAAGAGAGGCCGAAACAAGUCCCUUUUGCACGACGGUCAAGCCUGCACACAGCAGCAGCGAGAGCCGCUAUGUGACAGACACACCCGUUGCAUUCGGCGUGUUCAGAGGUAUACAGUGCAUAGUAAAAAAAGUAACUUGGUGGUGGUCGUGGUGGUUGUUGUGACGCCGCUUGGACCAACUAGCGUCUGUGUAGGUUUAGACCUGAGUUUAGUAAGCGUUGCGAUCCAAGUGGAACGCGAGACCGUGGCUGAGUUUACUGUCUUUCCGGGGCUGGAUUCGAACAAUUGCUGGUCUCUGGCCACCCUCUUACUGACGUAUGUACAACGAGCGGCUAUAGCCUGGCCAAAAGGCUGGCCCCGGCAAAGCUCCCACCUGCCGUUGCGAUGCUGUUUGCUGCCGCUGGCUGGAAGGCAAGUGACGUCAACUGCGUCUGCUAACUUAGCCGGGGGGUGGGGCGGAGUCAACGUUCGCUGCUCCUUCUCUUCGUUCUGCACAAGAUCCAUGAUCGGGGUCGUCGUCCCGGGACAAUCCAUCGCUGCUGAGACCUCCCUAACUAGCUAG